GUGGGCCCGCUAGAGGUCAUAGGCCUGGAGGGUCCCUUUUGGGCUCUGGCGAAGUGCCAGGCUCUGGACUCACCCUUUGGGGUGUAUGAGUCCCAAUAUAUAAAUCUCAUGACCCCCCUAAUUUGCAGAUGCGCUGCCUGACCAUGCCUACGCUGCUGCGGGCCCUGGCCCAGGCUGCGCGCACAGGACAUCCCAGUGGACGGAGCCUUCACAGCAGCACAGUGGCAGCAACCUACAAGUAUGUGAACCUGCAGGAGCCCGAGAUGGACAUGAAGUCAAUAACCGACCGGGCAGCGAGGACCCUGAUGUGGACUGAGCUCUUCCGAGGCCUGGGCAUGACCCUGAGCUACAUGUUCCGGGAGCCAGCCACCAUCAACUACCCAUUUGAGAAGGGCCCGCUGAGCCCGCGCUUCCGUGGGGAGCACGCGCUGCGCCGCUACCCAUCUGGGGAGGAGCGCUGCAUCGCCUGCAAGCUCUGUGAGGCCGUCUGCCCUGCCCAGGCCAUCACCAUCGAGGCUGAGCCCAGGGCUGAUGGCAGCCGCCGGACCACCCGCUACGACAUCGACAUGACCAAGUGCAUCUACUGCGGCUUUUGCCAGGAGGCCUGCCCUGUGGACGCCAUUGUUGAGGGUCCAAACUUCGAGUUCUCCACGGAGACCCACGAGGAGCUGCUGUACAACAAGGAGAAGCUGCUCAACAAUGGGGACAAGUGGGAGGCUGAGAUCGCCGCCAACAUCCAGGCCGACUACCUCUACCGGUGACGCGCCCGCCCGCCCAGCUCAGCCCCCCAGCUCAGCCCCAGGCCCCGCUGCCCAAUAAAAGAGCCUGCUCUCCCUA